GGCUGCCCACUAAGCUCAGGGGACACACCUGUGGCUGGUUAGAGGCAAAUGUGUGUCCAGAGGGGAUGGAGUCAGUCUGGCCCCGGAAGGAGAGGAUUUCCUGCCAGCUUGAACUGCUACAGAGGAGAAGAUACAGACACUGGAAGGCUAUGAGAAAUGAUCUAACUUCCAAGAUUCCAGCAGAUAAGCAAAAAAUUGUUGACUUGGAAGAUUAAAUCGCUUUUCUAAAAACUGGCCCUAGGAGAAACAAGUGACAAACAGGAAGACAGAGCUGCAUAGACCUGUGCUACUCAACCUCUGGCCUGCAAAGCCAUGUCACUGGAAAUUUGAAGCACCACUAACAGAUAAACCACCAAAGCUUUUGCACCCAUUGGAAAAUAAGAUGACAAUUCAGGAGACCCAGCUAGGCAGUUCUGCUAAUCUAACCUGCCGAGCUUUCUUUGGAUACAGUGGAGACGUCAGUCCUUUAAUUUACUGGAUGAAAGGAGAGAAAUUUAUUGAAGAUUUAGAUGAAAAUCGUGUCUGGGAAAGUGAUAUCAGAAUUCUCAAGGAACAUCUUGGGGAACAAGAAGUGUCCAUCUCAUUAAUUCUUGAUUCUGUGGAGGAAGGAGACCUAGGAAAUUACUCAUGUUAUGUUGAAAAUGGAAAUGGACGCAGACAUGCCAGUGUUCUCCUACAUAAAAGGGAGCUGAUGUAUACAGUUGAGCUUGCUGGUGGGCUUGGUGCUAUUCUGCUGCUGCUUGUUUGUUUAGUGACUAUCUACAAGUGUUACAAGAUUGAGAUUAUGCUCUUCUACAGGAAUCAUUUUGGAGCUGAAGAACUAGAUGGAGACAAUAAGGAUUAUGAUGCAUAUCUCUCCUAUACCAAAGUGGAUCCUGACCAGUGGAAUCAAGAAACUGGAGAAGAAGAACGAUUUGCUCUUGAGAUACUACCAGAUAUGCUUGAAAAGCAUUAUGGGUACAAAUUGUUCAUACCAGAUAGAGAUUUGAUUCCCACUGGAACCUACAUUGAAGAUGUGGCAAGAUGUGUAGACCAAAGCAAGCGACUCAUCAUUGUCAUGACUCCAAAUUAUGUGGUAAGAAGAGGCUGGAGCAUCUUUGAACUGGAAACUAGGCUUCGGAACAUGUUAGUCACGGGUGAAAUCAAAGUAAUACUGAUUGAAUGCAGUGAACUCCGGGGAAUUAUGAACUACCAGGAGGUUGAGGCCCUGAAACAUACCAUCAAGCUUCUAACUGUCAUUAAAUGGCACGGACCAAAAUGCAACAAGUUGAAUUCCAAAUUUUGGAAACGUUUACAGUAUGAAAUGCCUUUUAAGCGGAUAGAACCCAUCACGCAUGAGCAGGUUUUAGAUGUCAGUGAGCAGGGGCCCUUUGGGGAACUGCAGACGGUCUCAGCAAUUUCAAUGGCUGCUGCCACCUCCACUGCCCUUGCCACUGCCCAUCCAGAUCUACGCUCCACCUUUCAUAACACGUAUCAUUCACAGAUGCGCCAGAAACACUAUUAUCGAAGCUAUGAAUACGAUGUACCUCCUACUGGCACCCUGCCUCUUACCUCAAUAGGUAACCAGCAUACCUACUGCAACAUCCCUAUGACACUUAUCAAUGGGCAGCGGCCACAGACAAAAACAAAUAGGGAGCAGAAUCCAGAUGAGGCUCACACAAACAGUGCAAUACUGCCCCUCUUGCCACGGGAGACCAGUAUAUCAAGUGUCAUUUGGUGACAGAAAUGCAAGGGGGACCUCAACCCCCUUGAGUAGGAGCUAAGUCUGCAGUCUGGUGCCUGGAACUACAUCCUCGACUGCUGCUGUUAAACAUGCAUUACAAUCUAUGAAAUACGAGGAGAAACAGGGUCUUGUACAUAUGUUUUUUGCAAUUUCUUUGUAGCAUCAGUCUUCCUGUUUUACCCAUGUCCUUUGCCAUUCACAUCUUUGACUUUGUUUUAUAUGUCAUUGGGAUUUGUAUAUUGACAUUUUUU